AUGGCUUCCUCAAAACACUCUUCCGCCUCCUCAUCUGCCCCAAAUUCUCAGUCCUCUGGAGACAACUUAGGUUUGCAGAUCACCAAUCACCGGUUGAACGGUAAGAAUUUUCUGCAAUGGUUUCAAUCGGUUAAGUUGGUCAUCCGGGCAAAGGGUAAGAUGGGCUAUCUUGAGGGAAAAAUUAAGAAACCUACUGAGAAUUCUCCUGAUUAUGACGAUUGGGAGAUUAAUAAUUCCUUGGUCAUGGCUUGGCUGACUAAUUCCAUGGAACCACAGAUUGGCCAAACCUAUCUGUUCUUUGAUACUGCCAAGGAAAUUUGGGAUGCUGUUCAACAAAAUUACUCUGAUCUGGAGAAUACCUCUCAAGUUUUUGAACUGAGAAAUAAGUUGAGAGACUUUCGUCAAAGGGGUAUGACUGUUACUGAAUAUUUUACUGCACUAACGAAUUUAUGGCAGGAAUUGGAUCUUUAUUAUGCAUCUGAUCUUAAGGGAUUGGAAGCUAAUACCCAAUUUAGAAAACACUUGGAGAAGAAAAGACUGUAUGAUUUCCUUGCCGGACUCAACCGAGAUCUUGAUGAGGUUCGUGGUCGAAUAUUGGGGCAGCGACCGUUACCUUCACUUGCUGACGCCUUUGCUGAAGUUCGUCGAGAAGCCAGUAGACGGAGAGUUAUGCUGGGAGAAAAGGAGUCGCUUGAUAAGUCUGAUGAUAUGUCUGCAUUAGCUGCCAACCGUACCAUUGACCGUUCCUCCGGAGAAUCAAAACGGGAUGGUCGUCCAUUGUGCACCCACUGCAAUAAAAUUGGUCAUACCCGUGAGAAAUGUUGGGAAAUCCACGGGAAACCUGCAAAUUGGAAGCCCAAAGGACAAAAUAAAGGUCGUGCAUAUCAGGUCUCUACUGAUGACAAGGUUGAUGAGCCUCAUGCAUCCUCUGACUCUGAUGGUGUCUUUCUUAGCAAGACUCAGUUUGAACAACUUCAGAGACUUUUGACUCAACCUCCUAAGGCCAUUGCUGUAGCUGCAUGCAUUCCGGACUCAUGGCCUGUUCUCAUCCUUGCACCAUCUUCGUUACGCUUGCAGUGGGCUUCAAUGAUUCAACAAUGGCUGAAUAUUCCUUCAUCAGAUAUUCUUAUUGUCUUAUCUCAAAGUGGUGGAUCAAACCGAGGAGGUUUCAAUAUAGUAUCUUCAAGUGCCAAAAGCAGCAUUCACCUGGAUGGACUAUUCAACAUCAUCUCAUAUGAUUUGGUGCCAAAGCUACAGAAUAUGCUUAUAGCAUCCAACUUUAAGGUUGUGAUUGCAGAUGAAUCACAUUUUCUGAAAAAUGCUCAGGCAAAGAGGACAACUGCUUCUCUUCCAGUUAUAAAGAAAGCUAAAUAUGCAAUAUUGCUUAGUGGAACUCCUGCUUUGUCCCGACCUAUUGAACUAUUCAAGCAGCUGGAAGCUUUGUAUCCUGAUGUAUUUAGGAAUGUACAUGAAUAUGGUAACCGGUAUUGCAAGGGUGGAAUUUUCGGAGCUUAUCAAGGUGCAAGUAACCAUGAAGAAUUGCACAAUUUGAUGAAGGCAACGGUGAUGAUUCGCAGACUUAAAAAGGAUGUUCUUUCUGAACUUCCUGUAAAGCGUAGGCAACAAGUCUUCCUAGAAUUGGCUGACAAGGACAUGAAGCAAAUUAAUGCUUUAUUUCGUGAGUUGGAGAUGGUAAAAGCCAAAAUUAAGGCAUCUAAUUCAAAAGAGGAGGCUGAAUCACUCAAAUUUACUCAAAAGAAUCUUAUUAACAAGAUAUAUACUGAUUCUGCAGAAGCCAAGAUUCCAUCUGUUCUUGAUUAUGUUGGAACUGUCAUUGAGGCAGGUUGCAAGUUUCUUAUAUUCGCACAUCAUCAGCCAAUGAUAGAUUCGAUACAUGAGUUUCUUCUUAAGAAAAAAGUGGGUUGCAUCCGGAUUGAUGGAAGUACACCCGCUGCCUCAAGGCAACAAUUGGUUACAGAGUUUCAGGAAAAAGAUGCUAUUAAGGCAGCAGUGCUAUCUAUUAAAGCUGGAGGAGUUGGGUUAACUCUAACUGCUGCCAGCACAGUCAUCUUUGCAGAAUUAUCUUGGACCCCAGGUGACCUAAUUCAGGCUGAAGACCGUGUUCAUAGAAUUGGCCAGGUGUCUUCAGUAAAUAUAUACUACUUGCUGGCAAAUGACACAGUUGAUGACAUCAUAUGGGACGUAGUGCAAAGCAAACUGGAGAAUUUGGGGCAGAUGUUAGAUGGCCAUGAGAACACCUUAGAUGUCUCUGCUAGUCUGCCAAGGAAUAGCCCUGCAAAGCAGAGAACUCUUGACCAGUUUGUUAGAAGAUGUGAUAACAUGGAUGGGUCGGAACAACAGUCCAACCCCAAACGUCCUCGGAAAUGACCCUAAAGUUCUGUGAAAUGCAGGUGCGCAAAAUGGAGAAUAAUUGCAUGUUGCCACUCUUUUGCUCACUCCCACGACAAGUGCUUCUAAAGCAGGGGCUGUAGCUAAAAUCUAUUAACAGAAGAUCAUAUAAAAUAGGUUGUCAGCACUGCUGAGAACUCUAAACUAUGCUGCUGGUGCCGGACCGGACGAGGUGACCGGUUCUUUGAAAUAUGCAUGGGAUGAAAAUUUUGUGUUUCCUUUGCUCGUUCUCCCUUAACCUUUUGUCCCCUUCAGUUGUUUGAGGGACUUGUACAGAGUACAUUAUCGUAUGAAUGUAACUUGUAUAUUGCUUUACUCAAUACAAAUUUUAAGAUUGCUG